CGAAUGAGCUCCGUCGUUGAAGCCAUGACCGACCUGCUGAAUUUCCCGGAGACACUCGAGAAGCUACUGCACUCCACCUCGCGCCACGACGGCGGCGGCGGCCGCGGCGGCGUAGCCAAUUUCCCGGCCGACAUUCUCGACACGCCAAAGGAGUACGCCUUCUACUUGGACGUCCCCGGGCUAUCGAAAUCGGACAUUCAGGUGACGGUAGAGGAGGAAAACACGCUGGUGAUAAAGAGCAACGGGAAGAGGAAGAGAGAGGAAGGGGAGGAGGAAGGUUGCAAGUAUAUACGGCUGGAGAGGAGGCCGCCGCAGAAGCUUACAAGGAAGUUCCGGCUGCCGGAUAACUGCAACGUGUCGGCGAUCAGCGCAAAGUGCGAGAACGGAGUGCUGACGGUGGUGGUGAAGAAGCUGCCGCCGCCGCCGAAAUCUAAGUUGAUCGAGGUCGCCAUAUCUUGAGAUGGGGUUGUAGCUUUUGUGUGUGGGUUUUAUGGUUUAAGUGUGCGUUUAAGAAAAUCGAUGGUUAAAUGUAGAAUGUAAUUUUGUAUUUUGUGUGUGAUUAUGGGAUUUUACUGUUUUAGGCUUUAGGAUUAAGUAGUAAAUCCACCGUUAAAUGUGAAUUGUAGUUCUGUUUUUUUUUGCAUGCUAUUUCUUGUUUGUUGCUUAUUCCGAUUAAUGAGAAAAUUCUGAAUUCAAUUUCCAA